CAAAAACGAUUCGAUCAUUCGUAGAUUGAAUCGCAACUGAGAAACAGGUGACAACAAAAAAAAAAUGAAGUUCCUUCUAAUUGUUACGCUUCUGACGCUCUUUUCGGUGUCCCAAACCCAUCCGACUUCCUACAAACUGAACGAGCAUCAAGUCUUGGAAGCCGAUUUGGUUCCGGUUUCUUCAACAGUCAUCCCGUUACCAAUCUACCAAGUUGGAUUUGGGCUGACUUUUUCUGGAAGCGAGAAGAAGCACAGCAAACCGGUUGGACCAAUUGGAUUAAUCACUUCCGCUAACAAAAAGAAGUAUUAUGGAAAGAAGGCUUCGGAAGAUGAUGUAAUCACUAUUGUGAAGGAAGUGAAGGACAGUGAUUAAAUUAGCAAUGAAGUGAAAGUCUAAUCAAAAUUAAUUAAAGUUACCAAGAUUGCGGGAAGAGCUUAAUAAUAAAUAAUAUUAUAUAUGUGUGUAAGUUAAACAGUGGUUCUGAUGUAAGAACAAACAACAACAAAAAAAUCUAUUUAAGAAAACGCGACUAAUGAUUAAUGUUUAAUCGAGGCAACAGAAGUAAAAAAGAAACUAAUUUAUUUGUUAAUUAAGGAUCGAAAUUGAAAUUGAUGUUUGUGUAAUCUUCUAAUAUAAAUGGAUAAAUAAAAAUUUCGGUUUUAA